AUGGUGACGUUGGAGACGAACGUCGCCGAUUUGCCGGUCAACACGUUUCGCCAAUUGGCGUCGAGUCUCAACAAAAACGAUAUAUGGCUGAAAUUGGUUGAGGAUGGCUCGUGUCCGAUGUUCGCGUUGAGCGCCGACGAAAUUGACCGCUUAUAUCGAUCGGAUAAUCCCGGCGAGUCGCUUAUUCGAAGAUGGGGCAAUCGGGGACAAACGGUGAAAGACCUGCUGAGUCGCCUUCAACAGCUCGCCAAAUGCUACGGCGACGAUUUCGACACUCCCCAAUUGGUGCUCAAUCGGAAAUUCAAAGAUCUGCGUUGGGGUCGCGACGAGCACGUGAUGGUGGCGAUCGACGACAAUCUCCUACGACUCGAAUGCAAGGCCGUCGGCUUCCCGACACCUCACAUUCGUUGGUAUUCGUCGAGUGACAUGAGCAAUCCGGUCGGCACCGGCAAAAUUCUCGAAUUGACACGGUGCAAAUGCUCAUCGGAGCACGUUUACAAGUGUGUGGCGACGAACGAGGUGCCGGUCGGUUUCGCCUUCUCGGAAUUUUAUCGGAAGCCCGGCAAAAUGUACACGAGCACACUGGAAUCGCGCCUAAUCGACGUCACCUCGUUUAUAAGGGACGACGAAUUGUGCGAGAGUUGUCGAGCGCGCGAGCUCGACAAAUUCAUCAAAAUCGUCGAUGAUAGCGAUGAUGAGGCGAAAAGUCGAAUUCGCACGGGAACAUCGUCGGACCAUUUGAUUGCGUCGGACAAGGUCGCUUUGAUCAUCAGCAAUUCAUCGUAUGAGUACCUACCGGAGCUCGUCACGCCUCAUUGUGAUGCUCAGAUGCUCGCCGAAGCGCUUCAAAAAAUGGACUAUAAAACGGUGGCUUUGGCGGAUUUGUCACUCGACGAAAUGCGUUAUUUUAUUCGCGAAUAUCGCAAACUGCUCGGCGACGGAGUUUAUGCGGUGUUUUAUUUUGUCGGGCACGGAUUUGAGGUCAAUGGGCAAUGCCAUUUAUUGGGCGUUGACGCGCCGGAGGAUGCGCACAAGCCGCAGCACGCUUUGAGUAUGGAUUGGGUGCUUUCCGUGUUUCGCGACAUCGAUCCGGCGCUCAAUUUGCUGUUGCUAGACGUCUGCAGACGAUUUAUACCUUUCGAAUGUAUUCCCGCAUUUGUGCAAUAUUCGGAGCAAUUCAAAAAAUACCAUCGCGCUCAUCGCAAUAUGGUCUACGGGUACUCGACGAGCGGCGGUAUCGGCGCCUAUGAGAUAAAAGGCGAGGUCAACGGGGUUUUCAUGAAAUAUUUAAAGGAGCACGUGAAGCUUCAAAUUCCAGUUAUAGAUAUGCUAAAUAAGGUGCUAAACGAUAUCGCCAAAGACAAAAAAGUGUGCGAUGUACAAAUCCCCGAAAUUCGGACCACGUUAUCGCAACCGCGCAGUUUAGCGGACCCAUUGAGAUGCGAUGGUCAUACGAUCUCCUAUGAUAAUCAUAGUAUUCAUUGGAGAUUGAUGCAUGAAUUGCCGGAUCCGGUCAACGUGAAAUUCGACGAUGAGCAGCUCUCGGUGACGAUUUGGUUUCAAUUUUGCGGCAAUUUCACGAAUAAGGUUUAUGUACUAUCAUCGGUUGAAGAUCUUCGCGAUUCUCACGGCGACGACGACAACUAUGAAGUUAGCGCGAAAGCGCUCGAGCAUCGCGCCUAUUUGUCGUUUCAAGAGGAGAUCACCGCGUCGCCGGCCAAAGAAUACGCCGAUGAUAUGGAAGGCGUCUCGCUCUACUGGAUCCUAUCAGGAUUGCAGCGGAUCAAAGGCGGCGGCGAGUUGAGGUGUCACGUCGAGCUCAAGUCGAUCAAACGAGCCGAUCGCGAAGAGGAACUAGCGGAGGAAGUCGAUGAAGACGAAGAGGAUGAGGAGCAACUGCAACUAGUCGCCGAGAAAUCCGUCGAUAUUGGUCAUGUACUGAUUACACGAAUAAACUGCCUAUAA